GGGGUAUCUUUAUCAAUGGGAGUCCGUGCUUCGUGCAGGCCUGAAACUCAACAUCGAGGCCCUACUACUCAUUCAGAGAAUGAUCUUCCUGAACAAGAGGAGGAGAUCCUGGGGUCAGAUGAUGAUGAACAGGAGGAUCCAAAUGAUUAUUGUAAAGGUGGUUAUCAUCUUGUGAAAAUAGGAGAUCUAUUCAAUGGGCGAUACCAUGUGAUUCGGAAGCUUGGAUGGGGACACUUUUCCACGGUUUGGCUAUCUUGGGACAUUCAGGGGAAAAGGUUUGUCGCUAUGAAAGUAGUGAAGAGUGCUGAGCAUUACACAGAAACAGCACUGGAUGAAAUCAAACUGCUGAAAUCAGUCCGUAACACUGACCCCAACGAUCCAAAUAGAGAGAUGGUGGUUCAGUUACUAGACGACUUCAAGAUCUCAGGAGUCAAUGGCUCCCACAUCUGUAUGGUGUUUGAAGUUCUAGGGCAUCAUCUCCUGAAGUGGAUCAUCAAGUCAAAUUAUCAGGGCCUUCCACUCCCCUGUGUGAAAAGAAUCAUCCAACAGGUUCUGCAGGGUCUGGAUUACUUACACACCAAGUGUCGAAUCAUCCAUACAGAUAUUAAACCUGAGAACAUUCUCCUGUGCGUUAAUGAGCAAUACAUCCGCAGGCUGGCCGCAGAAGCAACAGAAUGGCAGAGAUCUGGGGCACCCCCUCCGUCUGGCUCUGCAGUGAGUACUGCACCACAGCCCAAACCAGCUGACAAAAUGUCAAAGAAUAAGAAAAAAAAAUUAAAGAAAAAGCAGAAACGACAGGCGGAGCUUCUGGAGAAGCGAAUGCAGGAGAUCGAGGAGAUGGAGAAGGAGGCAAGCCCUGUACACAAACAGCCUGAAGAGCAGGAAGAAACUCAGAACUCUCUCGAGAUGCUCUUAAAAGAGAGCCCACCUGAUGAAGGGGUACCAGAAAAGCUGGAUGAAGAUGCCCAUGUGCAAGAGCAAAUUAUCCUAAUGGAAGGCAGCAUGGAAAAGUGCAUGCCAGAAAUCAACUGCAAUGGGAUGGUACAAAUGACUGCCUUCUCAGACUCCAACCAAGGGUCUGAGACGCUUGAGGAGGACCUUCAUAAUGCCAAUAACUGUGAUGAGCACGCCCUAGCAAAGGAUGGUUUCCACACUUGUAAUUACAUCCAGCAUAAUGGAGAUGCAGAGAACCGGUCACAAGAAGAAAUGUCGGACUCACGUGUGCCCUUAAUUUCUGAGGUUCUCGAUUCCAUGGUAUAUCAGCCCACUUCAAGUGAAGAGCAGUCGUUCAAUGAGCAGGAGAUAAGCCAGUUGCAAGAGAGUAUACGGGCAGAAAUACCCUCAGAGGAUGAGAAUGAAAAUAAUGGCACAUCUGAGAAUAAAGGGAAAUCCACUGCUGGGAAUUUUCUCCUUAAUCCCCUUGAGCCCAAGAAUGCAGAUAAGCUCAAAGUGAAGAUAGCUGAUCUAGGAAAUGCCUGCUGGGUGCACAAGCACUUCACUGAGGACAUUCAGACAAGGCAAUACCGGUCCCUGGAGGUGCUGAUAGGGUCCGGGUAUAACACUCCUGCUGAUAUUUGGAGCACAGCCUGUAUGGCCUUUGAACUAGCCACAGGAGACUACUUGUUUGAGCCCCACUCUGGAGAAGACUACUCGCGGGAUGAAGACCACAUUGCGCAUAUUGUAGAGCUGCUAGGCAGAAUUCCAAGGCACUUUGCCCUCUGUGGGAAAUAUUCACAGGAGUUCUUCGAUCACAGAGAUCACAUUGCAUUGAUCAUAGAACUUCUGGGGAAAAUACCUCGCAAGCUCAUUGUGGCAGGAAAAUAUUCCAAGGAGUUUUUCACCAAAAAAGGUGAUCUGAAACACAUCACCAAACUGAAGCCCUGGGGCCUUUUUGAAGUUCUGGUGGAGAAAUAUGAGUGGUCCCAAGAUGAGGCAGCUGCAUUCACAGACUUCUUAUUACCUAUGUUGGAGCUGAUUCCAGAGAAACGGGCUACGGCAGCUGAGUGUCUCAGGCACCCCUGGCUUAACUCCUAGGGCUUCAACCCUACACCACAGUUCUACGGUCUGGUUUACAACAUACCCAGUUGUUCCAACUGCCCCUCCCCAGAUCCAUUUUUUUCCCUUAUUUCUUUUCAGCAUGAAGCUCUUCCUUCAGGGCUUCUGAGAUUUUAGAUAAAUUUAACCUGUUCACCUGAGUUUGCUUAUUUGAUUAAGCCGAGACUCUUCUCAGCCAGUGGGCAUCCUGUGAGCUUUGCCUUGUCUGGGCUUUGCCAAAGAUUGACUGACUGGAAUACAAAGUUGCCUCUGAGUCUCUUACCUGUUAAUGUAGGCAUGAGCUGAUCUGCAUUCAUAUGUGCUCCUUUAACUAAAUUACACCAAGGAAGGGGGAUAUGAAGAUCUGUGAAUCCAUUCUUAGCUCCCUGACUCAAGUCAAUUUUCCACUGCACGUCCAGUAGCUAGCAGGAGGAUGAGAAAUGACAGAUUGGUACCUGGGUGAUAACUCAAAAUCCUUCACCCACCCCUUGGUGUCUGUUGUUUCUUGGGUGACUUGUCAUGUUCUUAUCAGUCAAAUAAUUUUUCUUUAGUUUUAGCCACUGAAUCCUAUGAAAAGCUGUAUUUAAAAACUAUUUUUAGUCCUAUUAUUUUCCCUUAGUGUUGAGGUUAGUUUCUGAAUUCAGUGAAACCUGCUAUACACUCAAACACCUGAGCCUAGGACUAAAAACUUCACAUGGGAAUUAAAAAGGGGGGGAAAAGUUGGAACUGGUUAAACGCACAAUCUUCAGAAUAGACGUGUGCAUGCUUGGAGAGCGGAGAGGCAGUUGGGGGCUGCAGGUGACUCUUCCUAGACAUUUGAGUGAGCUGUCAGUGUGUGUUGCUCGUACUGGCACUUCCAUUGCCUUUCCUGAAGUUGUCAUUGCACCAGUGAGCAGUUGGCAUUCAGUCUAGAAAGAGGGAAUGUACUUUGACCAUUGAGUUACAAUGAGAGGGUGGUGGCAUCUGUGUCACGGCCACGCCACGUUCCUUGACUUUAAAAUACCACAUUUCCAAAGGUUAAUGUAAAGGUUGCUACUGUUAGCUUGCUGUAGGUGCUGGCCUUUAGAAGUAACUUUCCCAAAGGGAUUGCCUUUCAUUUUCAGAGGCAAUUGAGUACCUGGGGAUGAGCCUGAGGAGAACUGAACUAGGUGGUUUGGUGUCUUUUUCCUGUAGACAGAGUCAGCUUCUGUUUCCAAGAAUCACCCCAAAUAUGGUUGCCCAGUAGAAUAUUAUAUAAGCUUUUAAACUUCUCAGAAAGGUUUGCGGGGGCAGUGAUUUUAAUUCAGAGUUAAAGCAUUGUAGGGUUUGGUAGUUUUACAGUGGGUCUCUCCUAGGCUUGCCUAAGCUAUUACAGAUUCAUUGCAUCCUACUCUAAAGCAAGGUUUUGGCAGGGUAGUUAUUAGCAGCCCUUUCUCACCGUGGACCAAACAGGCCUUUGGGAUCAAAAGGACAAACUCAGAGAACAAACUGGCCACAGGAUUCGAAUUCCCAGAAGGCCAAGGAGGCACUAUUAGAGAUGGUAACACCAAAGCUAUCAGUGAGAUACAUGUCAGUCUUCUCUGUGUGUUUGAAAUCUCAGUUCAUAACAUCCAUCCACAAAAGAUGGUGUCCUUAUUUAAUCCAUUUUGAAGAUAUAACCAUCUUGCCCUAUAUUUUCUUGCUUGUCCAAUCGAACACCGACUGGGCUGUUAAUGAAAUUCAUGCUGCAUGUUCAUUUAGGGGUUCUUAAGCCAGGUUCUCUAUGCAUAAUCUUAAGAUUAAAGGAAAUAAAUAUACCAAAACAGUUUAAAACUGCUGAGCAAUUUUCCUGGAAUCUGGAGUUCCUUCUCCAAGAAUAAUUUUGUUUCUGUUGUAAAGGGGUUACAGACAAGACUGGACUGUAUUAUUAACCUUCUGUUUAAAUACUGUGAAGACUUUUUGGCAGGGUGAUUGGAACUUCUGGUGGCAUCACUCAAGCUCACCUCAGCCUGUGCACUUCUGCAACAUGGCUGACCUGAAGGAAUGAGAUACCCAUAAUGGGGUCUGCACAUCAGGUUCUGAGGUAUCCAUUCCCCCAUCACAGCCAGACGAGGGCUUAUCCUCUAUCUCAGUAAAAGAGCCAGCUUGUGGGUUAACACACAGAGGCAGCUGUCAGCAUUCAGUCUUGUCCCUUGUGCUCGCUCAUUUGGGGUUCGUUAAACUUCCAAAUUGCCAUAAAGUGCUCACUAAAGGAUUUGUACUUGCUAUGUUCGUCUAAAACCUGAAGGAAAAUACAUUUUUAUUCUUUCUACUUGAGUGCAUUCUUUUCUUUGUAAAUGCAGUACAAUAAAACAGAUUAUUUAAUAACCCA